AUGAACGCGUUCGUGGGGUUGAUGGUGGCGACGGCGGCGCUGGCGGCGGCUCAACAAACCACCCCAGCUGCUAAUCAAAUUGUAGAAUUCCAGAAAGCCAUUGGGCCAUUCGGCGAACAGUUGACGACGAGUAGCGGUAUGCCCGUCGAGCAGUGCCAAACUUACUCGCUCGACAAAUCGAUCAUGACUAACGACUUCCUGAUGGACAACUUAUUUAACUUCGCUCGAGAGCGGAUCCCCGAGCGCACUGUGCACGCUCCAGGCGCGUGUGGAUACGGUUACUUCGAGCUGGAGCAUGACUUGUCACACAUCACCAAAGCCGAUUUCCUGAAUGGCGUCGGAAAGAAGACACCGUGCGCCUGUAGGUUCUCUUUGACAGGCGGCCAGAAAGGCAGCCCCGACUCGACCAUGGACACACGAGGCUUUUCGGUCAAAUAUUACACCCGCGAAGGCAAUUGCGAUAUGGCCAUGUUCAACACUCCGGUAUCCUCGUUCAAGGAUCCGCUUGACGCUCACGGUACCCGCGCUUCAAGGUACAACCCCGCCUCAAACCUCCCAGACUUGAAUAUGGCUUGGGACAGGAUCACCUUGCGUCCGCAGUUUUUGCACGUGUUGUCUUACGUCUUCGCCGGUUGGGGCCAACCUGCUAGCUACAGACACAUCAGUGGCUUUUCGAUCCACACGUUCCAGUUUGAAAACAGUUGCGGGGAGACAGCUUUCGGUAGAUUCAAUUAUAUACCUGUCGAAGGUAUUAAGAACCUUGACUCCGAUGUGGCUAAAAACAUGACCGCCCAGGACCCUCACUACAUGGCGACUGGUAUGUACAACGACAUCGCCAGCGGGAAACCUCUAGAAUGGCAUGUUAAUUUGCAAAUUUUUAACAUGACCGACUACAAGAAACUUGGUGUUCAAAUAUUUGACGUACAGAGAACUAUUGACGAAAAGUUGUACCCCUAUAUUAGAAUCGGUAAGCUCGUGUUAGACCGGAACCCCACGAAUUACUUCGCCGAGUGCGAGCAGCUGGCGUUCUGCCCGUGCCACAUGGUGCCGGGUAUGCUAGGCGCGCCCGACAAGCUGUACGAAUCGCGCCGCUUCGUCUACCGCGACGCUCAGAACUAUCGCCUCGGCGUCAACCAUAACAACAUCCCCGUUAACUGUCCGUACAUGAGCGUGAAUCCCCUCAACACCUACAACCGCGACGGUGUUCCUCCAGUCGCGGACAACGGUGGAGACGCCCCCAACUACUUCCCCAACUCCUUCUCCGGUGCCACCGCCUACGACACGCACUGCUCACGACUCAUUAGUAUUAAAGAAGAAAGGCCCUACAACAUGGAUCAGGUGCAGGAGCUGUACAAAAAUAUUUUAACGCAGCACGAGAAAGACCAGAUUGUCAAAAACGUGGGAGCUCAGUUGGUGAAGGUGACUCGCAGACUCCAAAAGAAAGCAGUGGAGCUUUUCAGAACCGCACACAAAGAGACAGGGGACCGCAUUGCAGAAUAUUUGGAAUUAAAUAAAAAACAGUAA